AUAAUAUCUUGCGCUCGGUGCCACAGACAGACAGAGUAGCUCCAAGGACCAAGACGCUUGCAGGCUGAUCACUUUGACUUUUCCUUCAUCUUCCUUUUCCACCAUCUUCUCGCUGGUCCGAUCCGCACUCCAUCGUUGAAAUUCCAUGUCAUUUCUGUGAAGAAAUUCACCCAUCUCUCUCUCUCUCUCUCUUGUGGAGGAGGAGGAGGUACGCCCAGUUUUCUUCAUCUUGCGUGCGCUUUUAUAUGCCUGGUUUUGUUCUAUUUUCUAUGAAAAAAAUCCGCUCGUAUAUUUGUUCUUUGUGAUGUCUGUGGAUUUUCUCGUUUCCGAUUUUUGUUGGUCUUAGUGGAUGGAGCUGCUCUUUAUGCUCACUUGGAGAUCUUGUUAAUCUUGGUUUAAAGUUGUGGUAUUGAACUACCAGUAGCCAUGUUUGGUCGUUGGAAAAAUUCUCAUCAUGAUCAGGAGAAUGAUCAGCUGCAACCUGAGUUAAAGGUCAAUGAACUUAAGACUGCAAUCGGACCCCUAUCUGGACGUAGUUUACAGUAUUGCACUGUAGCAUGCUAUAAAAGAUAUUUGGAAGCUCGGAACUGGAAUGUAGACAAAUCAAAGAAAAUGUUGGAAGAGACACUCAAUUGGAGAUCAACCUAUAAACCUGAGGAAAUCCAGUGGAAUGAAGUUGCAAUGGAGGGUGAGACUGGAAAAGUAUACAGAGCAAAUUUUCAUGACCGACAUGGGAGGACCGUUCUUAUUUUGAGACCUGGAAUGCAGAACACUAAAUCUUUAGACAAUCAGAUGCGACAUCUAGUUUAUCUCAUAGAGAACGCCAUUCUUAACCUUCCAGAGGGUCAAGAACAGAUGUCAUGGUUGAUAGACUUCACUGGGUGGUCUAUAAGCAACUCUGUGCCCGUUAAAUCUGCUCGAGAUACUGUCAAUAUUUUGCAGAACCACUAUCCUGAGAGGCUAGGCAUAGCAUUUCUGUACAAUCCCCCACGGAUUUUUGAGGCAUUUUGGAAGAUUGUCAAGUACUUCUUGGAUGCCAAGACAUUCCAGAAGGUGAAGUUUGUGUACCCUAAAAAUAAUGAUAGUGUGGAGCUCAUGAGGUCGUAUUUCGACGAGGAAAAUCUUCCUAAAGAGUUUGGGGGAAAAGCCAUGCUAAAUUAUGACCAUGAGGAGUUCACUAAACAAAUGACUCAGGAUGAUGCCAAAUCCGCUGCCUUGUGGGGAUUUGAAAACAAGCUACAACAUGCUGGAAAUGGAUAUUCAGGAGCAGAGGUGGCUCCAGAGCCAGUGUCUCUUGCACCACUGGCCGGAUGAGCCAGGUAGCCUUCCUGUAUUCGCAAUAGAGUUUUAAACAUUCUAUCUAUGCCUGAAUGAUUCUUGACAAAAAGAAAUAGUCUUUAUUCAACUCAGAGCAGCCAUAAAUGUUGUUCCAUGUUAAGGUAAACUGAUACAAUCUUAACUGCAUACUAUUUAUAACAGGGGGAAUUUUGCCCAUUUUGCCCAUUUA